GCAAAUUGCUGCGGCUAACUUAUUAUAUUUAUGCCAAGAUUCAAAUUUUGACUAACACAAUCCCUUCCCUAUUUUAAUCAUUUGUCAACAGCUUAUGCCAGGUUAAAAACCUAAAUAUCGUCACCAACAUCCCCAAAUCUGACAAAAUAGUCAAAUCAGGAUUUGGUAAACGAACGCCAGAAUUAAAAAAAUUGAAUCUUUAUGCCCUCAACCAAAUAUAAAACCGAAACCAGAGGGACCUUGGCUCAACAUUCUUACCAGUUUUCCUUCUUCUAAUGGCGCAUAAGAUUCAAAGCUUCAAUUUUUGUCAGCUUGGGCGGUACUUUAGCACAAAGGGGCGGCGGACACAUCCAGCGCCGCCGCUCAAAUCAUCGCCGGUGAAAGUCAUGGGGCUCGACGGGCGUGUUAAGGUGUAUCACCGACGGAUCAAGGUGGAGGAGUUGAUGAAGGAGCACGCUUGCCACCUCCUUUGCAGGUCGGAUUCUUUCUUCAUAGGGCAGAAGUUGCAGGCUCUUGAAGCUGCCGAGGAGCUUCAGAUGGGCGAGAGCUAUUUCAUUCUUCCUUCUCAGUUCUUUCAGUCCGUUCUCUCCUUCGUCACCAUAGCGUCCUCCCUCGCGAAAAUCGGCGGCGGUUGCGGGGGAAGAGAUGGAGGAGGUCGGUUGAGGCAUUUCGACAUACACAAGACGGACAGUGGGAAGCUGCAGAUAAGGAUUAGCGAAGAGGUGGAGGAGAUUGUGGGGGAAGAGGAGGAAGGAAAAAAUGGGGUUUUGUGUACGACGAAGGAGAUGGUGAAGGAAUAUGAGAAGCUCGUGGGAGUGGAUUUGCGGCGGUGGAGGCCGAAGCUGGAGAAGAUAGCCGAGACGCCGGAGGGGAAAAUGAGGAGGAGGGGGAGGGGAAUGAAAUGGAAUUUUGGUGGGUUGAGGAGGAAAAAUAACGAUAAACAUGUAUAAAAAAAAAGGAAUU